AUGAAAGGGCGAUCUCACCGGUCGCAGCUCACACUGAUCUUGGGACCCGUCGGCAGUGGAAAGUCUGCACUGCUCCGGGCUAUGCUGGGAGAAAUGGAUCUACUCACAGGCAGCGUGGAAAAGAAAGUCCGAAGUCCUGCGUAUUGCCACCAAUCACCUUGGCUUCUGAACAGCUCUAUCCGGGAAAACAUCGUUGGGCCCGAUCAAGACCUUGACACUGAGCUCUACAGGAAAGCACUGUGGGCUUGCGAGUUGGAUCACGAUCUUCGUGAGAUCAUUGAAGGGGAUCAAACCAAGGUCGGAAGUAGCGCCGUCACGCUGAGUGGGGAACAGAAACAGCGCAUUGCGAUGGCCAGAGCGUUAUAUGCGCGAAAAGAGCUUUUUCUUCUCGACGAUAGUUUCAGUGCGCUUGAUCCCCGCACGGAGGGGAAGAUUGCGCGGCGCCUUCUCGGACCCAAAGGCAUGAUGCGAGAGAACGGACAGACUGUGGUUGCUGCUUCCAAAGGAGGUCAAAUCCGGGCCCAGGGCUCGCCGGAGGAACUGACAUCACACUUCACCAUUCCAUCCAAGGGUAACGACAUGGAAGACGACGAAAUCUACAUCUCACACCAGGAACCUUUGUCAGUGCCGAAUACAGCUUCCGAUAAGAAAGUCCAACAGACCGAACCAAGGGACCAUAGACUUGAACAUCGCAGUGUUCCAGUUUAUCGUUCCUAUUUCCGCUCCAUGGGUUUCUGGCGAGGCAUGGUAUUAUGUGCUCUUCUGAUUCUCCAGACGGUAUUUUCCAGGUUUCCCACUGUCUGGCUUCAGUGGUGGUUGGAUAAAGACCCUUCGAGCAUGGGGCCUUCAUACGCGACGUACAUCGGAGUCUACAGUCUCUUUCAGGCUGCAUCCAUGAUAUUCACCCUUCUUGCCGCGUUCCAGCAACUGCGCAUUGUCAUGCCACAAACCAGCCGCUAUUUCCACAGGUGCUCUCGCGACAUUGGCACAGGUCAUUAUCAUCGCAAGCUCCUUUCCCUACAUCUUCAUCGCAUUCCCAGUUCUCUUCGCCGUUGUGCUCGCCAUUCAGAGGUUUUACCCGCACACAUCGAAGCAAUACGGGCGAUGGACAUUGAGGCGAAGAGCCCGCUGCUCGAUCACUUUCUCGAGACCAUAAAUGGCCUCCAUACAGUUCGUGCAUUUGGCUGGCAGCACCACAUCCGCAAAAGGCACGAUGCGCUUCUUAACGCAUCACAACGACCCUACUACCAGCGAUUCAUGGUCCAAAGAUGGCUUAACCUCGUGCUCGACAUGGUAGCUGCGGGAGUCGCGAUUCUUGUCGUCGGAAAGGCCAUCAGACUGCAAACUCGGUCGACGCUGGUCGGACUCGCACUGGUCAAUGUCAUCUCCCUGAAUGAGACCCUGCAACUGCUGAUCCUUCAAUGGGCGGUGAUGGAGAUUUCACUCGGAUCCAUCACACGUUUGGAAGAAUUCACGGUCCAAGCCAGAACCGAUCGUCUCCUCGAGCAGCAAAGCAACUUUUCUGUCCAGGCAAUUGGAGGUCUGUGGCCCCCGCAUGGCUCAGUUGAAUACAAAAAUGUGACUGCCCGAUACCAAGAUGAUGGUCCCGACGUGCUCAAGAACAUUUGCUUGUCCAUCCCCGCCGGCUUUAAAGUGGGGGUCUGCGGUCGAACGGGCAGCGGAAAGAGCACUCUGAUCUCUGCACUGUUUCAGAUGAUCGACCUCACCUCUGGGUGUAUCGUCAUCGACGGUGUUGACAUCGCAGAGCUCGAUCCCGAAUCGGUCCGCUCGCAUCUGAUCGGUAUAUCCCAGCACAGUUACAGUAUGCCGGGAAUUUCCGUUCGGGAUAAUCUGCAGCUGGGGUGUGUCAACCCAUCGGAGGAUUCUCAACUCAUCGCAGCCCUGCAGAAAGUCAAUCUUUGGGGCCUGGUCUCGGAACGAGGAGGUCUCUCAGCUAUCCUGGACAAUGAGACAAUGUCUGCCGGACAGAGUCAGCUUUUUACUUGUGCGCGAGCCCUCCUGCGGUCUGGAUCAGUAGUGGUGUUGGACGAGCCGGCCAGCAGCCUCACAGCUGAGACGGCGGAUUCAAUCCAACGAGUAAUUUUGGAGGAGUGCAAGGAGCGGACGGUAAUUGCUGUCAUGCACCAGAUUGAGAGGUUACUGGACUUCGAUAUGGUGGUGGUGAUGGAAGAUGGUCGAGUGGUGGAGAUGGGCCAGCCUCGGGAGCUGCAGGAGGGUAAUGGUCUCUUUCGAGGUCUUCUCGACGCAAGUCAAUCAAAUCGAUGA